UUGGUGUAUUACUUAAAUUGAUAACUGAACAUAAGGAAUCGCUUUAAAUCCACCCUAAAAACUUUAGAGAUAAUGGUAUAAGUAAUUACAAAAAAAUAAUCAUUUUGGCCAAUAUUAUAAAGUAAUCUACAGCUCUCUUUUAUUUCCCUUUUAUGAAAUUCUCAAACAUACUUUGAGGGGCAAGAAAAAUUCGGAUUGUCCGUAUUUUGGUAAAAAGAUGGGAGUGUGUAUACAGAACUACAGUUUUAAGUGAAAAAAUUACACUGAGAUUUAGAACAUACCAGUUGAGGCCUCCAUUUGAUCAUCUUUUUAUGGGCCGAGAGCUUUCUGUUAGUCACUGAGCCCAUUUUGGGAGUUGAAAAGAGUGUUUCAAAGCUAUUAACUAUGAAAGUCAACGGUAUUGCCAACCAAAGAAGAACUGCUACAACUGCUAACCAACAUAACGAAAACGAAGACAUAAUUUCCAUUGCAUUUUAGUUUUCUUUUUCAAAUACCGUCUACAACGUGUUCGAUGAAAUGCCCAAGAGUGUCUGGAUCGCCUUUUAAGUUGAUAAAAGAUUAGAAUUUUUAUAUUCGUUUGGCAACAGCUUAGAGUCAUGGAUGUGGGUCAUUGCUAUUUGGAUGGAAAUGCUGACGCUGUGGAGUUCUGCCCUCAUGACUCCUUCCGCCAUAUUUUGGCAGCUUCAACGUACACGUUACGGGAGGGUGAUCAGCCCAGUCGGUCUGGGAGCAUAUCGCUCUUCCAUGUUGAUGCUGAGACGCGCCAACUUGAAUUGUUUCAUCGUGUGGAUACGGCGGGGAUCUUUGAUAUAAAAUGGAACUCGGUUGGAAGGAAUGUGGUUCCUUUGCUUGCUCAAGCUGAUGCUGAUGGGUACUUGAGAAUCCAUAGUCUUGGGAACCAUUCAGAUGGAGCAGAAGGGUUUUCUUUAAAAGAGAUAAAUGGUGAAAAGAUCAGCUCUUCAUUGUGCCUAUGUUUGGACUGGAACCCUUCGGCCACAUCCAUCACAGUGGGGCUUUCAGAUGGAUCUGUCUCUAUAAUUUCUCUGGCAGAAUCGCAAGUUCAGGUGCAAGAAGAAUGGAAAGCCCAUGAUUUUGAACUUUGGGCAACUUCUUUUGAUAUCCAUCAGCCCAAUUUGGUGUACACCGGCUCGGAUGACUGCAAAUUCAGUUGUUGGGAUUUGCGUGAUGGUCCUUCCAAGUUAGCAUUCCAAAAUACCAAGGUUCAUAAAAUGGGUGUUUGCUGUAUUGCCAAAAGCCCAAGUGAUCCAAAUACCCUACUUACUGGUAGUUAUGAUGAGAACCUGAGGGUAUGGGAUGUAAGGUCAAUUUCAAAACCAGUUAUUGAAACUUCAAUUUGUUUAGGGGGAGGAGUCUGGAGAAUCAAGCACCAUCCCUUUGUUCCAGGUCUAGUAUUGGCUGCUUGUAUGCACAAUGGGUUUGCAAUUGUCAAGAUUAAAGGGGAUGAAGCUGAAGUUAUGGAAACAUAUAGCAAACAUGAGUCACUUGCAUAUGGAGCUGACUGGCAGAGAGAGGAAAGAUCACAUGGUGACAAACGGACCUCUCUGGUGGCUACUUGCUCAUUUUAUGACCGACUUCUUAGGAUAUGGAUGCCAGAAAGUAAUACUCUUUUAUGACUCGGUACUUUUUAAUACAUAUCCUUAUAUGCAUUGGGAAGGAUCCAAUGUUGUCACUUUUAGGGAUUCGUUUUGCUACGUCGUUAGGCAUACAUUGGUUAUGAUGCUUGAACUUUGGUCUUUUAUUACUGCCUGCAAAUUCGAUUCCUGGCUUUGUUAGGAAUUAAAAAAACCAGCAUGGUACUCUUGGAUAAAUUGAGCUCAGACAGGAAUCCUUAAAAGUAGGGUCCUGGUUUUCUUUAUGUGUGUUUACUUUCAGAAGAAAGGGGAUUUUAACUGUGAUAUUUUAUAUAUUUAUGAAAAACAUAUUAAGAUAAAAAUAAUAUUUAAGUAGUUUCUUUCAGUGCUCAAGGAUGAAUUUAGCAGAUA